AUGCUCGACCUCGCGCUCUUGCCGCCACCGCUCCCGGGAGCCCGCCUCCCACCUGGGCUAAGGGACGCUGCGGAGGGAGGGUAUUACCGGUGGGCCGCCGCCGCCGCCGCGUCCUGGUGUUGGUGGCUGUUGCAGCAGCCCGGCUCGGCUCGAGGGUCCUUGUGGCGUGGUGUAGAGAAGACUGCCGGUGGCCGGCUCCGUGCCGGGGACACCGGGGAGGAGGGGGCCGGCGGCCAGGGAUCUGGAUGUACGUGCCCGGGGCGGCGGCGGCGGCGAAGCCGGGGCUGGCUAGCAGUGCCCUUUUGUCCAUGGAGGCUGCGGCGGCGGCGGCGGCGACGACAGCCGCCCCCUCCCCACCCCCGGCGGUCACCAGCCGGAGUUUCCAAGUCUCUCCUUCUCGCCUCCCCUCCCGGCGCUUCCGAACCCUCUCUCUCUCUUUUCUUUUUAUUUUUCCGCACCGCACAGGCCCCGGGGGCCAAAAAUAAUCGGGGGUCUGGAGAGAGGAGGGUCCCGGCCGCACGGAUAUCAGGCCCCGAGGAGGGAUGGAAGCGUCGGGGGCGGCCGAUGCAACGGAUUGCGAGGCGGUGGCGGCAGCCCGGGUGCUGCGGCCGGCUGCUGAAAAAUGGCUCCAGGAAGCUGCUGCUGACAAUGAAUGAAGGGAUACGGUUUACGCGCCAAGGUCCUCCCGCGAAACUCAGAUUUCCCGCCGGCUUUUCAAACCAUAUUUGCAUGUCUCCGCCCCUCAACCCGCCGAGGACUGUUCCCACAGUCCAUUGGAUCCCUGUCGCCUCCCUUCAGUACCAAUCCUGGAGCGAGGUCGCCACUGGCUCCUUUCCAUUGGCUGACACACAUCAUGGUUACCGGGGUGACCCGGGCUCUAUUUGCAUAGGCCAGCCUGAUUGGCUGGAAGCAGAGCAGGCUUCUUAGGAGGAGGGGCAAAGCCCUAGUCUCCCACGGAAAGCCACGCCUAUUCCAGGCCCCUCCCUCGUUCCCGCCCGCAGGGCUGGCUUUGGUGACCUGGGCAGGGACUCUGCCUCUGAGACUCUUGAGUGGAAUCUAGUCUGGAACGCAAGUUUCGGUUUUGGAGCUUGUCAAGGUGACACCCUCGGGAACUUCUUUUUCUUUAACCAGUCAGUGGAGUAAAUGAAGAACUGGUAGAGAUUCUCCUAAAUACAUGUCAAAGGCAAGUUGGACCGGGCCUGGCAGGUGAAAAACUGAGCCCUUUAAAUCUUUGGUUUCUUCCUUCCUGAAAUCCAACCAAUGACGCGAGAGAGGAUCCGGAGGCCGAGGCUGAUAGACAGAAGCAUGUGGGCAGACAACCGUGGGGGUAGAAGGUUCAGCUGACGCGACUGCGGGCACACUUUAGUUCAUAUUCCAGACCAUUCCUGGUAGCUUCAUGAUUAGCCCGACUUGCGUUUAAGUAAAAAUUAACUCUUUGGUACAGUGAACUCUUACUACAGGUAUAGGUUUGAAUCUAACAGACACCCUCUCUGUCCCAGAAACGCCCAGGGGAAUUAAUCAGGGCUAAACUAGAACUGAUCCGCGGGUUUUUAAUCCGCCAUGCAGUAAUCCGAAGAAGUACAGGCUUUUAUGGUGACGUGGGACUUGCAGUGAAAACUGCCUGCCCUAGGCACUCGACUCUACAUCCUCAAACACCAGGAAGGUCUCCUGCUAACAGGAAACACUACGACUUAAACCUAACCCAACAUAUUUUAAAAGAGGAAAAAUAUAUGCAUAUGUGUAUAUGUGUAAAUUUUAAAAUGUCAGGAAAAUGAAAUGGUUGUUGAACUGGCUUCUAUAUUAAAGUCAAUAUUCAUGGAUCUUUAAAAUGAGAAUUGUGGGGCUGGAGAGAUGGACCAGUUAGUAAAAUGCUUACUUACAUAAACAAGAGGACCUAAGUUCGAUCCCCAACACUCACAUUAAAAAGCUAGACAUACGGGGCAUGGGUGGCGCUCGCCUUUACUCCUAGCACUCUAGCACUCGGGAGGCAGAGGCAGGCAGAUCGUUGUGAGUUCGAAGCCAGCCUGGUCUACAAAGCGAAUCC